AUGCCAAUUCCUCAACCCCAUGGAGGCUCUUUGCAAGAUUUAGUGGUUCGAGAUGAAUCCAUUAAAGAUCUGCUUCUUAAAGCGGCUUUGAGUGGAAACCUCGCUGAGCUUUCUUUAAGUGACAGGCAGCUUUGUGACUUGGAAUUGAUUUUGAACGGAGGAUUCUCCCCAUUGAAAGGAUUCCUCAAUGAAGACGACUAUAACUCUGUUGUAUCAGACAUGAGGUUGACGACUGUUAAGAAUGAAGCAGGUCAAGGAUUGUUAUGGCCUAUGCCCAUCACCCUUGAUGUUUCAGAGGCAGUAUCGAAGACAUUUUCAUUGGGUGACAAGGUGGUUCUUAAAGACCCGCGUGAUAAGCAAGCACUUGCUAUCUUGACAAUUGAGUCAAUUUAUAAGCCAGACAAGGAACGUGAGGCGAAGUCUGUGUUUAGAGGAGAUCCAGAACACCCAGCGGUCGACUAUCUCUACAAUAUCGCCGGUGAUUAUUAUUUGGGUGGGUCAAUCCAGGGCAUAACCUAUCCCAAACACUAUGACUAUACUGAUUUCCGCAAACAUCCCAUUCAAUUGAGAAAAGAAUUUGAGACUCGUGGGUGGAGCGAUCAAAAAAUUGUUGCUUUUCAGACUAGAAACCCAAUGCACAGGGCCCACAGAGAGCUCACAGUUAGAGCCGCCAAGGAUUUAGGUGACAACUCUCAUAUCUUGAUACAUCCCGUGGUAGGCAUGACCAAACCUGGCGACAUCGACCAUCAUACACGUGUCAAAGUGUACCAGCAAAUCUUAAAGAAAUAUCCUGCUGGGCUAGCUACUCUCUCUUUGUUACCGUUAGCAAUGAGAAUGGGUGGCGAUCGCGAGGCCUUGUGGCAUGCCCUUAUCAGAAUGAACUAUGGAGUUGACCAUUUCAUUGUCGGAAGAGACCAUGCAGGUCCCGGAAAAAACUCGAAAGGUGUUGAUUUCUACGGACCUUAUGAUGCUCAAGAGCUCUUGGCUAGUUUGAGUUCGGAGCUCAAUGGCAAAAUCAAGAUUGUCCCUUUCAGAAUGGUAACUUAUCUUCCAGACGAAGACAGAUAUGCCCCCAUUGAUACUAUUGAUACCUCCUCGGUAAAGACAGCUAAUAUUUCCGGCACCGAAUUGAGACAACGUUUAAGAGAUGGUACUGAUAUACCAGAGUGGUUCUCAUACCCAGAGGUUGUGAAGAUCUUGAGAGAUUCCAAUCCCCCACGCUCUCGCCAGGGCUUUGUGGUUGCAAUCGAUACAUCUAAAGGGGGCGAGGAAUCCGGUGAGAUUUUGGCCGCUGCUUUGCAGCUGUCAUUGAAUCAGCACUGUGAAGGAAGGCGAGUUACGAGAUUACCAAGGUCCUUCAGUGAUGCAUUCUUAGUUCAAGAGUUAGUCAAAGCAGGCUCCGCGGUGGUCUUGCAAUCUGACAAAACUUUGGAACCGAUCGUCUCAAACGUCGGACCGGCGAACAGCAUCGUGAUAACUGCUUCUGCUGGUGAGGUAGGUUUCGAAUACAAUGUUGCAGGCAACGAGCCCACAGAUGCAAGUGGAUUGUGUUCUAGAAUUAUUCAACAGUUAAAGUCUGAUGGCUUCCUUAAAUAA